CUCAUGGAGUUUCAGGAAUAUUUGCAAAAGCAAUUGAACAUAUUCAAUUAUCAUUUACACUCCGAUUAUGGCCUGCUGAUCAAGACGGCAACUUGCAUUGCCUUUGGAGCACUCUGUGGCUGGCUAAUGGGCAUCGUAACUUGGAUGCUUUAUAAGAUAGCGAAAUGGCUGGAAGUACUGCCUGUGACUGAGUACAACUAUCAGGAUGAUGAUUUGGAUUUGGAUUCACAAACAGAUAUUGGGUAUAAUAUCCAGCCUGAAAGCUCUAUAGCCACUUUAAUAGCAAGGCAACAACAAGGGCAGCAUUAGAAUCGCCUGUCAUUGAUCCUUUGAGUGUGUGCGAUAAAGUUCAAGACGCGAGCAAUAAAAAAAUGCUUUUUGCUCGCUUAAAAUUCCUCUUAGACUGUCUCAAGUGGCAGGCGAUUUGAUACUGCCGAUACUGUGGCAGAAUAAGUAUUUCGCAACUGACUGCCGCAAACUCAUUAGCAGAUUUAUAUAUUUUAUCAAUGUUGCAGCGCUUUAAAUUCAAUUACUCAUACGCCACGUAGCAAGCAAGACCACAUGAAAAGCAGCUCCACACUUGGCAUGUGUGCUUGCUUUGAACAUUGCUGCAGGCUUGCAAUAUUUAAUAAACCAUAUCUUUUAUUCUUA